GGUACUCUUCUCUUUUUCCCCCUCUUUUUUUCCUUUUUCAAUCUUUGGAGGGAAAUAUUUUUCGUUCAAACAUUAAUUUGAACAUCUUCUUCUUUUUCAGAUUGUGUCGCUGGUAAAAACCCUAAUUUUUCGUUUUCAUGCUUCACUCGCUUCUUCAAUAUUUGAGCUCCUUACUCGCAGGAACUGAUUUAUUGCUUUAUCUGUGCUCAUUUUGAAGUUUAUACUCUAGGAUAAAGCAUCUGUAGAGUGGACUCUGCUGUAGUUAGAUAUGCAGACUAAGAAAAAACUAAAUGGGAGAAAUCCACGAGAGCUGGCUAGUCCAAAGGUUUCAAGGCAGCAGCGAAAGAUGUCCGAGAAAGUGCAAACUGAGGCAAAGCAAGUUAAGGAACUUAUAACAUCUUCAGUAAGGAAGCAAAAAUCAGGAAGCAAUUUUUCCAAAAAGAUUGAGAAUCAUGUCGUCAGUACAGAUUUGGAUAUAAGGUUUGGGUUGGUGGCUGAUGCUACUUCUGCUGCUUCAGACGCUCAUGAUGUUGUUCAUGAUUAUAAUACCAUUACUAUUAAUAAGGACUAUGAUGGUGAAAGUGAUAGUUGCAGAACUGAUACAAUAUUUUCUCCCACCUUCCAUAUAUCCAGAAGUGUUGGAGGGGAAAUUUCUAACUGUGCAGACUUCCUCAAAUUCUUCCAGCAAGCAGACCAGCCAUUGCAGGAGCCUGGAAAAGAAAAUAUAGAGGUUGAUUUGCUGACAAGUCAUUUUGUGCUAGACGAGGCUGCAGAUUUAGGGGACCAGCAUAUGCCAUCUGAAGUUUCAGCUGUGCAUCUCUCUAUCAAAGAUUCAAAACUGGAAUGCAUUGAUGAAUUUAAUCAAGUUCAGUUGCCUGCUGAUGUUAAUAUGGAGGAAGAGGAAACUGAAGAGUUUGAUGACUUCGAUCCAUAUUUUUUCAUUAAGAAUUUACCAGACUUGUCCUCAGUUGUUCCAACAUUUCGGCGUGUGUUGUUGCCUAAACAGACACGGAGUUGCCCAUCAACCACUCUUGUUUUGGACUUGGAUGAGACUUUGGUGCACUCUACACUUGAACCUUGUGAUGAUGCAGAUUUCACAUUCUCAGUGAAUUUCAAUCUGAAAGAUCAUACCGUAUAUGUUCGAUGCCGUCCUCAUCUCCGAGAUUUUAUGGAUAGAGUAUCCAGCCUAUUUGAGAUUAUCAUAUUUACUGCAAGCCAGAGCAUUUAUGCUGAGCAGCUUUUGAAUGUGCUUGAUCCAAAGAGAAAAGUAUUUAGGCAUCGUGUUUACCGUGAGUCUUGUAUAUUUGUUGAUGGCAAUUACCUUAAAGAUCUUUCAGUUCUUGGCCGUGAUUUAGCACAUGUGAUUAUCAUCGACAACUCUCCUCAGGCAUUUGGAUUCCAGGUGGACAAUGGUAUUCCAAUUGAGAGCUGGUUUGAUGACCGUUAUGACAAAGAGUUACCGUCACUGCUCCCAUUUCUGGAAAGCUUAGUUGGAGUGGAAGAUGUUAGACCAAUUAUUUCAAGCAAAUUCAACCUUCGCGAGAGAAUAGCUGCUGCUGUUUGUCCUUUUAACUCUAUUAGAGGAGAUAAGGCCGUGCCUGUAUAGAUUCAGUCUUGGUAACUUGAAUUUUAGAUUUCAAUGGCUCUAGAUGAGUUAGAGUAAUCAGUUGUGAAGUGCCAUUGUGGAAGCCAGUUUGCUAGGGAGGUUGGUUUGUUAUGUUGGUUAAUUUAUGUAAUUCUCAUUUAUCUUGUAAUUGUGUCAUAACGAAUGGAGGAAAAAACUCUCUGAAUAAGUUUAUGUUUGAAACCUUGUGGUGAACAUUAGUUGUUCAAAUAUUGAGUUGCCUAA